AUCACCCCCUCCCCAGAAUCUCCUAAUCCUUAAACUAUCCCUCAAGAAAGCAACAAUCCUAGUCCUCUGCUGUGGACUCUCAACUUUAGGCCUUAAACCUGUAGGUCAUGUCAGAGGCCCUUCACAUUUGGUUCUUUUAUUCUCCCAAGAGCUACUUGAUAAUACAGUGUUAUCAGACUAUUUAGUAAGUGAGGAAAUAGGGUCAGGGCUGUUUGGUUACUUGCCCAGUGUCAUUUAAGGGGAGAGAAGGGUAAUCCAAGUCUCUCAUGGCCUAAUUCUGAGCUCUUUCCCCAGGAUAUAAUGGCCUUUCUUAUAGGAAAAGCAAUAUUUUCUACUAUAAAGUGACUUUAUCCAAAAAUCUUCAGGAAAUUGAUUCCUCAGAUUUGUGGAAUCUAGGGAGAAAAAUACGACAACUUCCCUUUAUUAAUCAAGGAGGUUCCUGAGACACAGCUGAGCUGUUUCCUGUUGAAUAUCUCACAACACGUGGAGAGGCACAGCUGUACUCAAAAACAGCCCAUGGAAGAAUCAUAUGAAGAGGUGGUGAUUAAGGUCAUACAGCAGGAGUGGACAUGUUUGGAUUUCCAACAGCUACUCUGCUGGACUGUCAUGGAAGAUAUGCCCAGAAUGUAGCAUUUUUCACAUAUUGGUGCCUCUUACAUGACUUCCCUCUCAUUUUACCAGAUGUGAUGACAGAAGCCCACCACAAAUAUGAUCACUCUGAGGCCACAGGAUCCUCAAGCUGGGAUUUCCAGAAUUCUUUCAGAAGAGAGAAGCUGGAACAAAAAUCCCCAGAUUCUAAGACACUACAGGAAGAUUCACCUGGAGUGAGACAGAGGGUCUAUGAGUGCCAGGAAUGUGGAAAAUCCUUCAGGCAAAAGGGUAGUCUAACGUUACAUGAGAGAAUCCACACUGGUCAGAAGCCCUUUGAGUGUACCCACUGUGGAAAAAGCUUUAGGGCCAAAGGCAAUCUUGUUACACAUCAACGAAUACACACAGGAGAGAAGCCUUAUCAGUGCAAGGAGUGUGGGAAAAGCUUUAGUCAACGAGGUAGUCUGGCCGUUCACGAAAGACUCCACACUGGACAGAAACCCUAUGAGUGUGCUAUUUGUCAGAGAAGCUUCAGGAAUCAAAGUAACCUCGCUGUUCACAGAAGAGUUCAUAGUGGUGAGAAGCCCUAUAGAUGUGAUCAGUGUGGAAAAGCCUUCAGUCAGAAAGGAAGCUUAAUUGUUCAUAUCAGAGUCCACACAGGCCUGAAACCCUAUGCCUGCGCACAAUGCAGGAAGAGUUUCCACACCAGAGGGAAUUGUAUCCUGCAUGGCAAAAUCCACACAGGAGAGACACCCUAUCUGUGUGGCCAGUGUGGGAAAAGCUUCACUCAGAGAGGGAGUCUGGCUGUGCACCAGCGAAGCUGCUCACAAAGGCUCACCCUAUAACCACUCUCAUCAAAGGAAGUUCUCUUUAUGAAUUAACAGCAUAAAAUCCCCUGAGGUUAAACAACCUAUUCAAUUUUACAGAAUGAAUGGAGACUCCUUCAGAAAGACCAUCAUUGGGUAGAGCAAACUGACUUUUCUCCCUUCCCCCAAAUGAAUAUCAAAAAUAAAUGUCUUGUUUAUUAUCGUUA